UGAGAGUUGUGCGUUUCAAGCCUCGCUGUGGAUUUGUAUCCUUUAUUUGAUUGGUUAAGAUUGUUGCGAGAUGCGACUUGCCUACCAAUUGAGCAGCUUGGAUUGUAUGCCGCCGUGACUCCGCCCUCCUUGGCAGCGUGUCAUGCUACUGGCUGCCUGACACCGGCCUCUGCUCCGGUAGACAUGGCGGAGGUCAGGCUGAGGUUGUUGCAGAGAAGUGCUCAGUUUCCGAUAAUAGAAGAUGUUAUCCUGGGUGGCCGGGCUCGGGAGGCUGUGCUGGCUCCAUUCUGUGCAGGUAACAGAGAGACAGCUGAAUGCAGCCAUAGAAAGCGAACAUUGUGGCCCUAUGUUCUCAGGGGCCAGUAUAGGUGUGUGCCAGGUGACAUGCCACAGUUUGCCACACCGGGGGUCCGCUUCUACAGUCAGGGGAGUGGCCCCAGAGCAUCCUUCCACCAGGCUGGGGGUCGCCACCGCGGGUAUAACAAUGGAUCGGUGCAGUCGGAGGCGCCGAUGUACACGUCCCGCACCGGAUACUACGACAUUCUGGAGAUUUCCGGCAACGCCACACAGGCCCAGAUCAAGACCGCCUACUACAAGCAGUCCUUCCGCUUCCAUCCGGACCGCAACGCCGGCAACGAGGCCGCCAGCAGGCGCUUUGGCCAGGUGACGGAGGCCUACCAUGUCCUAGGCAGCACCAGCCUGAGGAAGAAGUAUGACCGCGGCAUCCUGAGCCUGGAGGAUGUCCGCACCGCCAGGAAGCCCAGCGGGAAGAGCCCAUCACGUAAAGAGGCCGCUGGCCCCAGACAGGCGUCUAGUGCCUCGUCCACCUUCACCCCAUCCAAGCAAAUGUUUGACUUUGACGCGUUUUACCAGGCGCACUACGGAGAGCAGUUGGCGAGGGAGAAACUCUGGAAGGAAAGACGGGAACAGAUUGCGAAGGAGAGGAAGGAGAAGAACAUAGGAUCAGAGCUGAACAAGACACAUGAACUGAUUGUCGUGUUCAUAGUCCUACCGACCCUCUUGUUGUACUUCUUAUUCAAGGGCUGACCACGGCCUGCCACGUUCACCACGCCAACGAUGCCUCUAUCGGAGUUGUUUGAAGCCCGCAGCCAAAGGUUUAUGGAUACUGGUGCUUGUUUGGGUGUCGUUAAAUACGUCUGAUUAGAAAUUGCUUUGGAGCCCAAUAAGUGUCUGAGGGGAACGUCCUCUCUUCAUAUCUGCUCAUAGCGGCCAAUCUGACUUUCCUUGUCUGUCUUCUAGUGCAGAUUGAAGAAUGAAACAAAGAUUCUGAUUGGUUAAUUUGGAAGACAGAGACAGUCCUUCUCUGACCCUGAUAAAGAAGGCUAAAUGUGAAAUCGUAACAGAAAGCCAAUCAAAUGCCAUAAUUGUCCUUUCCUCAUGCCUCA